AUGUCGUCCUCCGACGAAGAAAUAAUCGUACGGAAUCCAUACACUUCGAUUACAAGUAAUGGACGGCGUAGCAGUCGUAGAUCACAUGUCUCACGUGAUCAGGAAUCAAAAAGUUUAGCGCUAGAAGAAAUGAAACGGGCACGUGAUGCCGGCGGUGUCCAUCGAGUGGAUAUAGCAAAUCUGGUAAAGCCUGUGUAUGAAGAAGUGGAUGAGGAAGAAUAUAUGAAAAUUGUGCAAGAACGACAGAGGGAUGACUUUGUGAUGGUAGUGGUUAUGUUGAUUAUGGCAUUGAUUUCUUUGACGAAGAACAGUGCAGUACAACAAGGAAGUCAAAAAACCAAAGGAAAAAAACAUAAUAAGCGCGAUAAGGCGAAAAGGAAGGCGAUUGACGACUUUUUCCAUACCUCGAAAACAAAGAAAGUGAAAGAAGAGAAUGCAUUGACUGUAACUGAUGACCCAGAUGUAGAAGCAUUACUUAACGAGUGUGAUUUGUCGAGCUUUUUAAAUGAAAAUGCAGUUGAAAAAAUGGAUGGUUCCAAAACCGACAGUUUGUCGUUAAUUAGAAACCAAUUUGUUAAGGAAUCAGAAACAGCAUCAAAAUUGAAGGAGUCGGAUGAAGUCAAUGAAUGCAGAGAACAUUUGAAUGCGACUGCAUCGCCGCCUCUACCGGCGAUAAUUGGUGCAAAAAAUUCAACAAAUUUGGAAUCUGUAUCUCAACAAAGCAUUGAAAAGAAAAAGAAAUCAGGUAUAUGGGAAGGAACUUUGGAUGCUGUGCUAGUAGUUUUCUCGACAACUAGUGGUUUUGAAAGCCCUCACAGUGUUCGAUCCGUUAAUGCAUUGAAAUCUGCACACGAACCUGUAUAUGCAGAUAGUUUUAUGGAUGUGCAUUCUGUUAUGAAUAAAUACUCCGAUAAAUGCAUCGUGGAAGAAGUGGUGCAGUCAGAAACAUGUUUCAUCUGGGCUGAUAGGAAGAAAGCAGUGGAUGAGCAACCCAUGAAAGAUAAUAUUGCUGCUACAUUUGGUUCUUUUAUGCGUACGAAUUCAAAAGGAGAAUCAACACUACGUUUUUACUGGCUUGAUGCAUUCGAAGAUCCUAUAAAGAUACCAGGAACGGUUUAUCUUUUUGGUCGAUUGAUCAACGAUGGUCUUUCUGAAAGCUGUUGCGUGAUUGUGAAAAAUAUAUGGCGACAAGUUUUUUUCUUACCUCGUGAGAAGCUUCUUAUAAACGAAGUGCAAACUGAUGAAGUGGAUUUAACGCAAGUCAACGAAGAAGUGCAGAAAAUACUCAGAUCGAUGGGUGUUAAAGUUGUCAAAUGCCGACCAUGUGAGAAGAAAUUUGCAUAUAACGAUGGAGUCGUGCCGCGGAGUGCCCAAGUGCUUGAAGUGCAUUAUAGUUUUAAUGAUCCACGAUUAUCAGUAGAUCUUAGUGGAGAAACAUUCAGUCAUGUUUUUAAUACGACUGCUAACGCCAUGGAAAGAUUGUUGAUUGAAACGGGUAUGAAAGGACCUUCGUGGGUAGAAAUUUCUGGCUGCGAUGUCUCUUCUCUUCAAGUAAGUUAUGUCAAACAUGAAUUUGUGGUUGAUAUGAAACAAAUGAAAUCGAUUUCGAUACUUGACUGCUCGGACCCACCGCCGGACCUGAAUUUGUUGACAAUGAACAUAAUUACAGUCAUCAACCAUAAAAAGGAAAACGAGAUUGUUUCAAUCUCCUGCAUAUUUGACCGAAAAUGCACAACUGCAAACCCUACUUUAAAUAGAAAUUCUUUGGAACGUUUCUGCAUUCUUACAAAACCAACCCUUACCGCUUAUCCAUUUGAUCUUAAAAAAAAUCUGAAGCAAGUCGGAAUGGAAACUGUUGUUUACGAAACAACGAACGAGCGUCAUCUGCUCAAUCAUUUUUUGUGUAAAUUGCAAAAUCUGGAUCCUGAUGCAUAUGCAGGACACGAUUUAGCGGCUCAGUUUGCUAUAUUGUCUUCACGUUUGCAAAAGCUCGGUAUUGCUCAUUGGUCACGUUUGGGCCGUUUGAAGCGUUCAAUUAAAAUUAGGCAAACUCUUCAUAUGAAAACUUCGCAGUGGGAACUGACAGCUGGACGUUUAGUUCUAGAUAGCAGAUUAUCAGCUAUGGAGUUGGUAAAAAUGCGAAGCUAUGAUCUGUCUGAUCUGUCAUCUGAUUUGCUUGGAAUAAACCAUCACUUUGCCAGGAAACAAGACAUCUCUGCAAAUUUUGCGAAUUCAGUGCAGCUGAUCAGAUUUAUCAACAAUUCUUGGAUGGAUGCCUGGUUAUCCCUUGCUAUUAUUGCUGAACUCAAUGCUUUACCGUUAUUUAUUCAAAUUACAAAAAUUGUGGGCGGCGUACUGUCGAGAACAAUGUUGGGUGGACGAGCGGAACGAAACGAAUAUUUAUUAUUGCAUGCAUUCAACAAAGCUGGUUAUGUGCCACCAAAUAAAUAUCAACCAGAUUCUAAGAAAAGGAAACAAUCUGGGUUGAAAGACACCAAAAGUGUAGAUGACGAUCUGGAAGAUUAUAAGAAAGUGCAGCACAACCGCAAGGGGCAGUAUGUGGGUGGUUUGGUAUUGGACCCGAAAAUCGGUUUAUAUGACACAUUUGUGUUACUAUUGGAUUUCAAUAGUUUAUAUCCAAGUAUCAUCCAGGAAUAUAAUAUUUGUUUUACCACUGUUGACAUGUCCAAAAAAGACAAAAAUGAAAUGCCGGAACUGCCAAGUGAUGUAAAUGAAGGCAUACUGCCGCGUGAAAUUCGGUCGUUAGUGGAAAGGAGACGUGAUGUGAAGAGGAUGAUGAAGUCGGAAAAGCUUACACAGCAGCAAAGGCAACAGUAUGAUAUUCGUCAGAUGGGAUUGAAGCUAACAGCUAAUAGCAUGUACGGAUGUCUCGGAUUCCAACAAUCGCGUUUUUAUGCGAAACCACUUGCUGCGCUGAUAACGGCUCAGGGACGAGAAAUUCUUAUGCACACGAAAGAUUUGAUCGAAAAAAACGGUUAUUCUGUUAUUUAUGGUGAUACUGAUUCGGUAAUGAUUAAUACUGGAUUUUCGGAACGGUCUGAACUGCAGCGUGUAAAAAAAUUGGGAAAUGAAGUAAUUGUUGUUACUGAAAAAGAAAAAUAUGCUGGUUUAGCGGUCGAUCUGAAUGAUGAACGGAAAACUAAGCGUGAAAUUAAGGGUCUAGACAUUGUUCGCCGCGAUUAUUCGUUCAUUGUAAAACAGAUUGGAAACGAAAUAUUAGAUAUAAUCCUAUCAGUGCAAUCACAAAAUCGCGAUGAAAUCAUUGGACAAAUUCACAGUCGUUUGCGAAAACUAGGAAAGGACAUAGCCCAAGAACUGCUAGAAAUUUCGUUGUUCCAGAUUUUUAAGCAGCUGACUCGGAACCCCCAUGAGUAUGCAAAUAUUAGUGUUCAGCCUCAUGCAGCUGUUGCUCAGCGACUGAAUGCGACCGGGAAGUUCAAAUUUCAUCAGGGUGAUACGAUUGGCUAUAUAAUUUGUGAGGAUGGUAGUGGAAAACCGGCUACUCAGCGUGCCUAUCACCUAACAGAAGUUUUGGAAAGUAAGGAUCUCAGAAUUGAUUUUCAAUAUUAUCUGGUGCAGCAGAUUCUUCCAGUUGUAAGCAGGUUGUGUGUCCCAAUCGAAGAAUGUAAUGAAGCUUGGGUAGCACAAGCAUUGGGUCUCGAUAGUGUGGCGUAUCGAAAGCAUGCUAUAUAUGAGGAAAAUAUGGAUAGAGAAGAGCAAUCUCAGAGUUUUCCGCAUUAUAGUCUUGAGUAUUGUGAAUCGUUCAAGUUUGUGUGUCCAAACGAUGGCUGCAAGCAUGAGUUCCUUGUUCGUGAAUGUAUGGUGCAGGAUGAUAAUGGUGAACAGAAACUGUGGUUGAACGAUUGUUCUGUUUGUCGUAAUUCUUUAUUAUGCUUUGGUGCAUAUUUAUACAACCAAUUGCAGCUUACCCUUGACAAAGUGAUUUCUGACUAUUACAAGGUUUCAUAUGUAUGUGAUGAUAUUGGUUGUGCAUAUCGUACACGGACAUUAGUUUUGGAAUGGACAAGAGAAGGUGUUCCAUGUCCGAGAUGCAAAAGUGGAUUCAUGAGAAGAGAGUAUUCAUCAAAAAGGCUUUAUGAACAACUGAUUUUUUAUCACAAAUUGUUCGAUGUAGCGAAGGUGAUAGAUAAUUUCACCGAAGAACAGAGAAUGAAACUGCGAUGUGGAAGUGGUUGGAAGGAAGCUAAUGCUCUGCUCGCUGGAUUACUCUCAUUAUGUGAUCAGUAUAUUGCUGAUAACCAAUACAAUUGUGUGUCGCUUUCGUACUUAUUUUCUGUUAUGGGAUCAUUGUAAAUUAUACAGCACACAUUUAUUACUCGCUUUUUUUCCAACGUUAUGCAUGGUUUUAGCCAGUUGAUUGGUUAUUAAGUUUGAGAAACAUUUCGACUAUUUCCCAUUCCUGAAGAUUUAGAUUCCUGUCAGGAAACAUUUAUGCUGCGUAAUUUUUACUUUUUUUUCUUGAAG